AUGUCAGGUAGAUUUCUGACAUCAUCUCAAAUUAGCAACAGUGUAUAUAUGGCAAGUUUGGCUUUUUAUGGUUUCCAUAUAUUGAGAGAAGAAUUGGGUGAUGGGAAUUAUGGCAAAGUGAAACGUGCGACUCACAGAGGGAAGGACCUCGCUGUGAAGAUAAUUAACCGUGAUGCCAUGCCCAGUGAACUUGCAGAGAAAUUCCUCUCCAGGGAAAUAGAGAUUCUCAGAAAAGUCCAGCACAAGAACAUCGUGCAUGUAUACAGAAUUUUCGAUUAUCCGAGAAAAGUUUACAUAUUCAUGGAAUUCGUUGAAAGAGGAAAUCUUUACGACUUUUUAAAGGAAAAAAUACAAUUGAGUGAAUCUGAAUCUCGUUAUAUUUUUCGCCAAAUUGUGAGUGCCAUUAAAUACUUACACUAUUCAGACAUCGCCCACAGAGAUAUCAAAUGUGAAAAUGUAAUGCUGACAAACAAUGCAGAAGUAAAACUUAUAGAUUUUGGAUUUUGUAGACGAGUGGGUAACUACGACGAGCUGAGCUGCACUUUCUGCGGCAGCACAGCAUAUGCAGCGCCUGAAGUCUUGCAAGGCAUCCCUUACGAUCCUUUCAAGUACGACAUCUGGAGUUUAGGUUGCGUCCUUUACGUCAUGGCAACGGGAACAAUGCCUUUUAAUGACAUGAACGUGACAAAAAUGGUGGAAGACCAGCUCAAUAAAGUCAUUUCCUAUCCACGCUAUUGCCAACUUACUCAAUGUUUUCUGACACUGAUGGAUCGCAUGCUCGAGCCAGACGUCCUGUUGCGGGCAACCAUACUCCAUGUGGAACGAAGUUUAUGGCUCCAGAUAAGAGACGAUGUUAUUCCAGAUAUGUCGAAAAAAGAAAGUGGUCCUUCCGAUGAUGGAGCAGUGACACCGAUUUCUUCUGAUUACCUUGGAAUGAUCUUUGAAGCAGAAUGA